GCUUGAAGGCGCGGUCUGAGUAGUUAAACUGAGGCCGAGUGCUCUUGUGAUGAGCAGCUGGCCUGCGGCGCCCUUGAGCUAACACCUGUUAGCAAGGCCCUGGUGGAAAAAGUCAGUCCCCAGUGCAGCAUUUCAGCUCUUCAGCCAGUUGCCCGGCUAUUUAGUUAGUUCUAUUUGAAGGCAGACUGCUUAGAGACCUUUUUAGAUCUUGCUGUGGGCAAUACUUUAUAGUAUGUUCUUUGAUUAUCAGUAACUAGCCAUACGCGGGAGGAAAAAUAAAAAAGAAAUGUAACAGAAAGAUGGGAAUUUAAUUCUUAAAAGUAUUAUUUUAAUAAUGGUUCUUAUCACUUGUUGAGCAUUUCCAAGGAGCCAGGCAUAGUUAUAUUUGUUACCUCCCUCUAAUCUUCACAAGAGUCCUGUGAAGUUUGCUGAGAAACACAACUUUGCAAAACCUAAUGACAGCCGUGCUCUCCACCUGAUGACCAAAUGUGCCCAGACUGUAAUGACAGAACUGGAGGAUAUUGUGAUUGCGUAUGGACAGAGUGAUGAGUACAGCUUUGUGUUCAAGCGGAAAAGCAAUUGGUUUAAAAGAAGAGCCAGUAAGUUCAUGACCCAUGUGGCUUCCCAGUUUGCCUCCAGCUAUGUGUUCUAUUGGCGAGAUUACUUUGAGGACCAGCCCCUUCUGUAUCCCCCAGGCUUUGAUGGAAGAGUCAUAGUGUAUCCUAACAACCAGACCUUAAAGGACUACCUCAGUUGGCGGCAAGCAGAUUGUCACGUCAAUAAUCUUUAUAAUACAGUUUUCUGGGCACUUGUACAACAGUCUGGACUAACACCAGUACAAGCCCAAGAGAGAUUACAGGGAACUCUUGCAGCAGACAAGAAUGAGAUUUUGUUUUCUGAAUUCAACAUCAACUACAAUAAUGAGCCACUGAUGUAUAGGAAAGGGACUGUGUUGAUAUGGCAGAAGGUGGGUGAAGUCACAACAAAAGAAGUCAAGCUGCCAGCAGAAAUAGAAGGAAAAAAGAUGGUGGUGACUCGGACCAGGAUUAAGCCAGUGCCUUUAUAUUGCGAUAUUAUUGGGGAUGCUUUCUGGAAGGAACAUCCAGAGAUCCUAGAUGAAGACAGCUGAUCCUUUGCUUUUCAGUCCUGGCAUGCUUAACCAUGCAAGACCCCUAAGUUUCCUGGCAGCAGGUGGCCCUAGGAUCCUUACUACCAAGAACAGUGUGCCAGGAAUGACAUGACUGACUGGAAAGGGACCAGGAAAAGAAGGGAUGUAUGGGGGUGGUUAUCUUGUUCUGCUUUAAGUAGAACAUUUUUUUUGCAGUAUUGGAACAUGGUUCCUUCUGUAGAAGUGCAUUUAAAAAAAAAUUGUGGUCCUAUUUUUAUAAAGCAAGAACUACUUUAUGCUUUGCAGAAUGAAUCAUUUUUACAUUGUGGCAUAAAUCUUAUAAAAACGUGUCCAGCUCUUUCCACCUAUGGUAGAUGAUGAACCCAAACUUUACUCUCAGCCACCUGUUCUUAACUACAGAAUCCACUGACCUUUAAAGCCACCUUUCUUACCCGUGUACUUUGACCUGGAGAUAAGUAAUGGGUUGAUGGCUGCAGAUGCCUCUGAACUCAGGAAUUCCAGGGAGAAUGAGCGCUUUGUGCCAGUUACCAAGUUGGCACCUUUGGCUGAACAAAUGAGUAGUAGUUUGGAUGUCUUUAUAUGAAUAUUCCAUAGAUUGAUUUUGUGGAGUUGUCAGCAUGAUCGUCGUCUUGCCAGGGGUAUUUCCAAGGCCACUUAACCUCUUUCUAAAAAGAAAAGGAAUUAUGUGUAUAUAUGAAAGAAAGAAAAUGUGUGAGAAUAAUGAACAAGAAGGGAGAAGCAUUUACUCAUUUUCUCUAGAUACUUCAGUUUUAAAAGUCCCCUUCCUAUUGGAUUCCUGAAAAGGAUUCUCAGGUAGCCUCUAUGUAAUCAGAACACUGGCAUUUGAAUUAGCACUUCCCUUGGGGUCACAAGUGGCAGGUGUCAGAGGACACCUAAUAGUUCCAGCUGCAGAUGGGUCAGUUCCAGCUGCAGACGGGGGAGGAAGAGCGGAGGACAGCAGCAGUAAUUUCGAGAACCACCACUAGCGAGGGGUCCCCCUCAAGUGGGGGUAGGUGGUGAGAGAACUCCCAUUGCCUGCUGUCCUGGUUUCAUAUUUCAGAGGAAAAUUAUUUGGCUCUAGUAGGAAUUAAGAGGCAGUCUACAUUUUAGUGCCUGGUCUUGCAUCGCAGACUUCACAGCCACGAAGAAAAUGUAUUUUUGAAGGCAACGGCUGGUCUCAUCCUCCGCUAAUUGAUAUUCCAUCUGUUGGAAUCAUUUUUUUCCCUUCAUGUACUCACUGCACAGGAAGAAAUAUGGUGCAUGUUUGGUAAUUGAUAAAAAUCUCUGAGAAAAUAAAGGUUUCAACUCCCUUG